AUGAAGUCUGUCGUCGCUAGCAUCGGCAUGAUCGCCGCCGUGGCCAACGCCUACCAGUUCCCUCAGCACGCCCACUACCGCCGAGACUACAACGGAACCGACUCUCAGACCACUCUGACUGUCAAGACCACCGUCGUUGAGACCAUCACCAGCUGCGCUCCCACCGUCACCAAUUGCCCCAGCCGUGACCAGACUGCCAUUGCUCAGCUCCCCGAGUCCGACAAGACUACCCUCACUGCCACCCAUACCGUCAUCCUCACCGAGGUUGUCUGCCCCGUCUCUGAGGCCAGCUCCAUCUACACCUCCGUCCUUCACGAUGCUGAGACUGGUGGUGUUACUGGCAAGACCAUCACUGCGGAGGUUCCUAUGAACACUGGCGGUGCCUACCCCCCUCCCACUGAGAAGACUAUUGUCUCCGACUACACCACUGAUCAGGUUGUCACUCUUACCCAGGGUGAGGAGACCAUCACUACUACUAUCCACAAGACCAUCCAGAAGACUCUGACCGUCCCUGCUGGCCCCGAGGUCACCGACGACGGCUCCAAGGGCAACGGUACCCCCGAGGAUGACACCACCACCACCACCACCAAGACCACUACUGGCACCAUCACCAAGACCAUCCAGCGUGUUGACGAGACCGGCCCCGCCACCGGUGGUGACAACGGCUACAGCACUGGCAAGGGUGAGGGUGAGGACGAUGGCUCUAAGGGUACCGGCAACGGUAACGGCUCUAACAACAAUGGCGGCUCCGGCUCCGGCAACGGCGAGUGUGUCCCUGAGACCGUCACCGUCACUGCUCCUGCCUCCACUGUUUACGUUACUGUUGUUCCUGAGGCUACCAAGACCGAUGACGCUACUGUCACUGGCAAGACUGUUAAGGGUGACGAUUCUGAGGAUGAUGAUGAAGACGACUCCUCUGAGGAUGAGAUCUGCGAUACCACCACAACCCUCGAGGCUACCGUCACUGUUGUUCCUUACCCCGUUAACGGCACUGCUACCGGUGGUUACGCCAAGCCCACUGGCUUCUCUCGCCGUCUCCGUUAA